AUGCUACACGUGCUGCCCCUCACUGCACACAUUUUCGCCCACGUGGCACUGUUACUACCUCCCCUGCCAGCUCAGAGGCGCAUCUGUGGUGAACCACUCAAGUUUGACCCAAACUUCAGGGGCCCUGUUCAGAACAGAAGAUGCACUGAUGUGGCCUGCUGCGUUAUCUUUGUCACCGUUAUCCUUGGCUACACUGUUCUGGGCACCGCUGCCUGGAUCCACGGUGACCUCAGGAAGAUUGUCAAUCCAACUGACAGUCAGGGUCAGUUUUGUGGCCAGCAGAACACAUCAAAUGCAAACAAAGCCAUAUUAUUCUACUUCAACAUGCUGAAAUGUGCCAAUCCUGCGGUUUUAAUUAACCUCCAGUGCCCUACAACUCAGCUCUGCGUCUCCAAGUGCCCCGACAGAUUUGCGACACUCCUGGAUGUGUCGAGUACCAACAACUGGGACUAUUACAAGCAAUUCUGCAAGCCUGGCUUUAACCCUAGCAGUAAGACAGUUGCAGACGUCAUCCGUGAUGAAGACUGCCCCUCCAUGAUUGUGCCGAGCAGACUGUUCCUUCAGCGGUGCUUCCCCGAUUUCAACACAAGAGAUGGAAUUUUACGCGUCGCCAAUCAGACCACCUUUAAAGAUGGAGACAAUAACAAAAGAAGUGUCAACGACCUCAGCGAUGCCGCCAAAAGUGUCUCUAGUCUGCUGAAUGCCAAAGAAGUUGGCAUGAAGAUCUUUGAGGAUUUUGCAAACUCCUGGAUAUGGAUCCUUGUAGGUCUGUCCAUAACUAUGGUGCUCAGUCUGCUCUUCAUCCUUUUGCUGCGCUACAUUGCUGGUUUGAUAGUGUGGCUCGUCAUUAUCGGCGUUGUCUCUGCUGUUGGCUACGGUGUCUGGCACUGUUACUGGGAGUACACCACUCUGAGCAAGAAGCCAAACUCCAACGUCUCCAUCUCUGAAAUUGGCUUCCAAAGAGAUCUCAGCAUUUAUCUUGGGAACAGUCAGACGUGGCUCAUCUUCAUAAUCUUUCUCUGUGUGGUGGAGGCCGUCAUUGUGGUUCUGAUGAUGUUUUUAGCAACGAGGCUAAGCAUCGCUAUUACACUACUGAAGGAGGGAAGCAGGGCCAUCAGUCACAUCAUGUCCACACUCUUCUACCCUCUCAUCACCUUUCUACUUCUGGCCAUCUGUGUGUCUUACUCUGCUGUCACAGCAGUCUUCUUGGCAUCUUCAGGUAAGGCGGUCUACAAGGUGAUGCCCGCUGAUGAUCAGUGCAUGUAUGCAAACCUCACAUGCAGUCCAAAGACCUUCAGUCAAACCAAUGUUACCAAAGUUUGUCCCGGAGCUCAGUGUCUGUUUGCUUUCUACGGUGGGGAGAGUGUGUACCACCACUACAUCCUAGUCCUCCAUCUGUGUAACCUGUUUGUGGUCCUGUGGCUGGUCAAUUUUAUCUUCGCGUUGGGCCAGUGCACCCUGGCAGGGGCCUUCGCCUCCUACUACUGGGCCCUGAAGAAGCCAAAGGACAUCCCUCCCUGCCCCCUGUACUCCUCAUUCAGCAGAGCCAUACGUUAUCACACAGGUUCUCUGGCGUUCGGGUCUCUGAUCCUUGCUUGGGUGCAGAUAGUCCGAGUUGUCCUCAUGUACCUGGAUCGUAAACUGAUAGGUUCUCAAAAUGCUGUGGCUCGAUUCUUGCUUUGCUGCUUCAAGUGCUGCUUCUGGUGCCUGGAACGUUUCAUCAAGUUUCUGAACAAAAAUGCGUACAUUAUGAUAGCAAUAUAUGGAAAGAACUUUUGCAAAUCUUCCAAGGAUGCAUUUUCUCUCUUGAUGAGGAACAUUGUGCGGGUGGCUGUGUUGGACUGUGUCACAUGGUUCCUGUUGUUCAUGGGGAAACUGCUCAUUGCAGGAGGUGCCGGUUUCCUUGCCUCUUACUUCUUUUCACGAAAACUACCUAUUUUUCAAGAAGAGGUGCCAACACUUAAUUACAUUUGGGUCCCCCUUGUGACGGUGACAGUUGGAUCUUACAUGAUUGCAAAUGGAUUUUUCAAUGUCUUUGGCACAUGUGUGGACACACUCUUCCUGUGCUUUUGUGAAGACCUGGAAAGGAAUGACGGAUCUUCCUCCAGGCCCUACUACGUAUCUCCAGGCCUGCACAAGAUCCUCCGAAAAGGAGAGGAGCGUGCCAAAUCAUGUGCUUCCUCCUGA